AUGACGGCCAAUAGCGAGUUUAAUAAGCGGCGCCUGGAGAAUAUUAAGCGCAAUAAUGAAUUGCUGAAGAAACUCAACCUUGCAGGUAUCCCUGCCAGGAUAAGAAGCGAGGCAGGCAUCGAAGACCAUCGGAAGGCAUCGGGCGGGGCAGUUAAGAAAAAACAGGGCAAGGCCCCUGUUAAGAGGGAGGCGAAACCAGCACCUAUUCCGACUAGGCGUUCCAGGCGUCUGCGAGGGGAGGCCGCUGAUGUGGAAGGCGAGGCCGGCGCGGGGAGCGACACAGCACAGAAUGUGAAACAGGAAGAGGAGUGGAAAGAGCUGAAGGAGGCGCGCGUGGUCGGUGACAUAAAGCUUAGCGACCUCAUCAAGUCGGAGGACGAUGGCGAGCUCCUGGAGAAGUUUCGGCGGUAUGCCGAUAAGAGCUUUUCCGGCGGUGACUUCUUCGAGGAGCUGCAGCGGCAUCAGAAGCCGAAUCCAGAGGUGCAGCGGCUGCGAGAGGAGAUGCGGCUGCAGCAGUAUGACGUUUUUGACCCGAAGGAGUUGGCCAUUGUGCACGAGCGGGUUACGGCACUCUGCUUCCAUCCUUCCCAGGAGAAGAAGCUGAUAGUCGGCGGUGACACAGCGGGCACGGUGGGGCUGUGGAACGUUGCGGACGAAAACCCGGACCCAGAGCAUCCGGACUCCGUCCCAGAUAUCACCCGCUUCAAGCUUUUUUCCAGGAAUGUCAGCAAAAUAGAGGUGUUCCCCACAGACUCUAGCAAGAUUCUAGCUGCCUCCUACGACGGCGCAUUGCGGUCUAUUGACAUGCAGUCGCUAAAAAGCGACGAGCUGCUCCACUUUCAAAAUGAACAUGGUGACACGCUCGGGAUCAGCGACUGCCAGUUCAGCUAUGACAGUCCGAACGUGGUCAUGCUCACCACCCUAGGAGGCGAAUUUGCUCAACGAGACCUCCGUACCAAGCCCGAUACAAUGAAUAUUAUGCGUCUAUCGGACAAGAAAAUCGGAUGCAUGGCCAUUGACCCCAGCAGGCCCUACAGUGUGGCGACAGCCUCCCUGGACAGAACGCUGCGUAUAUGGGACUUGCGCAAGACCGUGGCCAAACCUGACUGGUCCCAGUACGAGGACUACGCCAGUCACGAGGUUGUCUCGACAUACAAUUCAAGGCUGUCCGUUUCCGCUGUAUCGUAUGCGCCCAUCGACCAUACGCUUGUCUGCAACGGAUAUGACAACACGGUCCGUCUUUUCAACGCAAGAGCCGACUUACCUUCUGAAUUGCAGCCAGACUUCACCAUACAGCACAAUUGUAAAUCGGGACGCUGGGUCAGCGUACUCAAGGCUCGCUUCAAGCUGAACAUGGAUGUCUUUGCCAUUGCAAACAUGAAGCGUGCCAUCGACAUAUACACCAGUCGCGGUGAGCAGCUAUCCCACCUGGAGACAUCGACGGUGCCCGCCGUGGUCAGCUGGCAUCCAAUGCAAAACUGGAUUGUUGGAGGGAAUAACAGUGGCAAGGUUUUCUUGUUCACUGACGCUCCUCAGGAAUAA